GACUGCAUCACAUGGGACGAGGUCCCGACUCUACAAGCCUUGUCUGCUCUUCAAGUGUGCAGAAGCUUUGAAAAUAAAGAAGAGCUGCUUAGCUAUUUUGAGGAGUCAGGGCCUUGCGCGUUGAUACCGAUCUUCAAGAGUGUGUGGGAUGAGAUAGGAACCAUCUCUUUGAGUCUUUCAAAAUUUAAUUUCUACGAUUUCACCCCGUCGGAGCCGUGGCAAUCCGUACCCGACCCCUAUGGUAUUCAGGCCUGGAUCACAAGAGACGAGGUACCGAGUUUACAAGCCCUGUCAGCUCUUCAAGUGUGCAGACGCUUUGAAAAUAAAGAAGAGCUGCUUAUCUAUUUUGAAGAGUCAUGGCCUUGCGGGUUGAUACCGAUCCUCAAGUGUGUGUGGGAAGAGACAGCUCUGUCGAACACCUGCGGGAAGCUCUUCUGUAGCCUUCUGGCCAACCGUCUCUCUGGGUGGGCCUCCGCCAAUGGGCUCCUAUCAGGGGCCCAGAAGGGUUUCACUCCUGCGGAGGGCUGCCUGGAGCACAAUUUUCUGCUGCAGGAGCUCCUGGAUGAGGCACGUAGGCGUGGAGGGGAGCUGUGCGUUGCUUGGCUAGACCUAGCCAACGCUUUUGGGAGUGUGCCCCACUCCUCUCUCUUCUCUACCCUGCGCUCUGCCGGUCUGACCGCCGAUCAACUGCGGCUCAUCCAGGACCUGUAUCAGGGCAGUGCCACUUCCGUCCGGCACAAUGGCGGUAUGACGGCCGAGAUUCCCUUUGGUGCGGGUGUGAGACAGGGCUGUCCGUUGUCCCCCCUUCUUUUUAACCUCAUGAUGGAGACGCUGAUCCGGCCCCUCGUCGCUAUGGAGGGCAUCCAUGGGGCCGACCUACAUGGCUCGCGAAUCAGUGUCCUGGCGUACGCGGAUGACUUGGCCUUGGUUGCAAAGUCGGAAGCGUCGCUCAGGGCGCUGCUUGAGGCCGUCGUUCCGGCGGCCUCGUGGGUCGGCCUCAGGUUUAAGCCUGAAAAGUGUGCCACACUCCAUGUGGCACGGCGUGAGGUGAGGCCGACGGCGUUUACCAUCUACGGCUCCCCGCUUAGGGUUCUGGGCGAAGGCGAGCCUUAUCACCACCUUGGUGUGCCCACUGGCAUGAGAGUCGAUCAGACUCCAGUGGACACCAUUUCACGGCUCGAAGGUGAGGCUGCCGCCAUCUUUGGGAGUCUGCUUGCGCCCUGGCAAAAGCUCCACGCCCUGCGCACGUUCCUGAUCCCGCAAUUGAUCUUCAACCUUAACACCGCGAGGAUCAGGAAGACGUGUUUGCGUGGGCUGGACAACAUUGUCAAAGCGGGCUGUAAGCGGACUUUGAACCUCCCUGCUAGAGCGAGUGCUGAGCUGGUCGCACUCCCACCCUCCUGGGGGGGAGCUGGCCUUCUGCCAUUGGCCGACCUCUCAGACCUCGCUGCUGUUGCCCACGCCUUCCGCCUAUUGACCUGCCCAGACCCCAAGGUCGCACACCUAGCUCUUGAAGGACGGCUAGCUCUUGAAGGUCUCGCUGUGUCGGCCGGUCAGCGGUCUGCUGCUAGAGCAGACCGAGAGCUCCUUGUGGCCUAUUUGAAUGGGGACUUCGCUGGCAACUCCAACGUAGAGACCACCUUUUCUCUGGCCCGGGCUGCCCGGAAUCGCCUCUCCAAGCAGCUCCCCGACCUUCGUUGGGGAUGGUGCGGGGAGAGGGAUUCAUUCCAGCUGACUGUCCCGGGUGAAAGAUCCACCUCCAUUGUGGACAGGGGCUCCCGGUCCAGAGUGUCAUCCUGCCUGCGGUCGGCUAUGCAGUUAUUUUAUCGUUCUGCAUUGUCUGCUAAGCCUGACCAAGGUAGGGUGAUGAGAGUUGCCACUGCGUGCCCCACCUCAAAUCACUUCCUGUACGAAGGUCGCCACACGAGGUUCGCUGACUGGCGAUUCAUCCAUAGGGCGCGCCUCAACGUUCUCCCCUUGAAUGGAUGCAGGCGCUGGGGUGCUGGGGACCGGCGCUGCCGCCGAUGUGGUCGUCAUGACGAGACCACGGCCCAUGUGCUUUGUCACUGUUUACCGUCCAUGGCCGUGGUCACGAAACGUCAUGACGCCGUCCUUGGCCUCCUUGCGGCAUCCAUCCGACCAUCGCCGGGAGUUGAGGUGCGCCAGAACCAGCGGGUACCUCUCGACCACCUGUUGCCUGAGCGUAACGUCCCAGACAACUUGGCUCGCCUCCGGCCUGAUUUGGUGGUCAUCGACCGUGACCGGAAAACAAUUAAACUGGUCGAUGUCACCAUGCCGUAUGAGGACGGAUGGCAGUCUAUUGUCGAGGCACGGGAGAGGAAGUAUGCCAAAUACGACCCCCUCGCCCAGACUCUCCGAGCCGGCGGCUACCGUGGACGCCUUUGUAGUCGGCUCUCUGGGCGCGUGGGACAAUGCCAAUUGGGGGACCCUGGCUCGACUAGGUGUCUCCCGGCAAUAUGGCGUGGCUCUCUCCCGCAAAUGUGUCUCCACUGCCAUCCGCUGGAGCAGGGACUUAUACGUACAGCACGUGACGGGUGUGCGACAAUAUAG